GUAUUAGUCUGGUCAUAAAUCAUUAUAGCUAACAUCCAAAGCAGGGUCUGUGGUGUUCUUUUUUUGCAAAUCAUAUACCAGAGGUGUGUUGUGUGUAACGGGAAAAAAUUAUUUUUAAUUAGAACAUGGAUUUAUCACCAGAAAUAUUGGAUAAUGAAUCACAAGACACAAAAACAUAUCAGAUAGUUGAAGAGAGGUCUGGGGUGUUUCUCAAACAAUGGGAAUCCCAGGUUCGUCCUUACAUUGAAAUGAUUGACUACCUACGGCGUAUCGGCAUCGAGAAGGAUCUUGCCCUACCAUCCAUUGCAGUUGUUGGAGACCAAAGUUCUGGAAAAAGCUCAGUUUUGGAGGCAUUGUCUGGUGUGGCUUUACCCAGAGGCAGUGGAAUUGUCACCCGUUGUCCGCUGGAGCUGAAACUGCGGAAGCUGCAUGAAGGCUCAAGUUGGACGGCUGUCAUUUCCUACCGAGAUGUGCAAGAGACAUUCACGGAUCCUUCACAAGUUGAGGGUCAUGUCAGAAGAGCCCAAAAUAUUCUGGCUGGAGAUGGUGUUGGGAUUUGUGAUGAACUCAUCAGUUUAAUGAUCACGUCUCCUGAUGUAUGUGACCUCACCCUGAUUGAUUUACCUGGCAUAACUAGAGUACCUGUGAAAGGUCAACCCGAAGACAUUGGAGAUCAGAUUAGACGGCUUAUUCUGAAGUUUAUUGAAAAGCGAGAAACCAUUAAUUUGGUUGUCGUACCCUGCAAUGUGGACAUAGCAACAACCGAGGCACUGCGGAUGGCACAGGGGGUGGAUCCUAAUGGAACAAGAACUUUAGCAAUUCUGACAAAGCCAGAUUUGGUGGAUAAAGGAGCAGAAGCUGAUAUUUUGCAGGUUAUGCAGGGUAAAGUUGUUACUCUGAAAAAAGGCUUCAUCAUGGUACGAUGUAGGGGUCAGAGCGACAUUAAUGAGAACCUCUCCUUGGCUGAGGCCACGAAAUUGGAGACUGAAUUCUUCAAGUCCCACAUUCACUUUAGCUAUCUUUUAGAAGAACAGAAAGUCACAACACGCUGUCUUGCCACUAAGCUCACCAAAGAGCUGGUUGAACAUAUCAAGGCAUCACUGCCAACCCUCACAGAGCAAAUUCAAAUACGCUUGUCUGCUGUUAAGCUAGAACUCAGGAACUAUGGCCAAGGGCCUCCAAUGGAGCCAGAGAAAAUGGGUUCUUAUCUAAGCAAGAGAAUCCUGGAGUUCAGUGAUCAAAUCAGCGAGCUCUGUCGGUCCGGGACAUCAGGAGAGAAAAACAUCUAUUCUCUCCUGCGACCUGUGUUCAAGCAAUGGGAAUCCCUUCUCAAAAGCUCCAAAGAAUUAUUCAGGAACGAAGUGCAGGAGAUGACGGAAAACUAUGAGGCACAUCGCGGGAGAGAGAUAAUAACGUUCAGUGACUACUGUGUAUAUGAGUCGCUGAUCCAGAAGCAUGUGAACAACCUCAAACCACCAGCUAUCGAGACCCUGAAGACUAUUAGAGCCAUUGUGCAAAAUGAGUUUAGAGCCCAGUGUGAGCUGUGCUUCCCAAACUAUCCCCAUCUGAGAUAUAUGAUAAUAAAUCAGAUUGAUGACAUUCAGUCACAACAGGAGGCAAAAGUGGAAAAGCGAAUCAUGGAGUACAUCAGCAUGGAGAAACUGGUGUUCACCCAAGAUCCCAUUUUCACCCAGAAGAUGGUCGAUUUCCGGUUUGUUGAAAAGAGGCAGGAGGAGGAGUCUGUGUGUUUAGACACUGGAGAAAAUGCAACCUCUCCCAACAACUGUGCUGUCUUCGACACCAGAAAGCUAACACCUGACAAAUGGAUAAUCUACUAUGAGAUUGUCUACCAGCGAUUAGCAGAUUUCAUCCCGAUGUUAAUCCUGUUGUUUAUACUGAAAGAAGCUGUUGUCAUGUUGCGGGCAGAAUCCAUGGAUCUGCGUAAUGUUGCUGAUGUUCCCAAACUGCUCAGUGAAGACUCAGAGUCAGGACGAAGGAGAACAGAGUUACAUCAGCGCAUGGAACGACUACGGAUGGCCCAGGAGAGGAUCACUAUUAAUAUCUGAAAUCUUGCAUCAUUUUCCUCAAUUUGAAAUUUGAAAUUUUUUUCCAAAGAUUAAUAUGCAAAUUGGAGUUAUUUAACCAAAAAUCUUGGAAUCUAUUUACAGAAAAUUACAAUGUCCAAGUGAACGGCUGGCAUCUGGCAUGCAUCUUUAUACAAUUAAAAAUAUUUUCCAAUAAAAAAGCAGUGGUGGACAAAGUACACAAACCAUGUAGUUGAGUAAAAGUAGAGAUCCAGUAGGUAAAAUAUUAC